AUGGCAGCGACCACGUCAGAAGGGCCAGUCGUCGACAACUCAAUUUUCACAGUCAUCAACAGUGAUGGCACAACUUCCUACUACACAAGCACCGGUGAGCUGAUCGAAGGCGAGUUUUCAAGACACACCGAAGCCACAAAGGAAGUCACCGAUAGCGACCGUGUCACAGCAAAGGGCGCGCUCAAUCUACGCUCAAAGAAGACUGAGAGAAUGAAGCGGAAACUUGAGAAGAAGACUGCAAAGUCCUCAGCUCGCCGGACAACUCAACUCCUCGACCUUCCCAAUGAGACUCUUGUCGAUAUUAUCAGCAACAUGCUUCCCAGCGAGGUUUUGAAGACUGCCCAGACCUGCAAGACACUCCGCAAGCUCAUCCAACACAACGAAAAGCUUCUCUCGCGCAAAAUAAUCUCUCAACGAUACCCUGUUCUUUCCAAGUGCUUCCGGCUCCCAGUCACACUCGACGAGAUCGACCCAGAGCUUCACCCAGUCCUCAAGAAUGACGCCAGAAUCGACAUGCUCGGUAUCCACCGGCGAUACGUCCACAUCCCUCAACCCGAGCCCUACGUCUUAUGCACCUGCCUCACCUGCGUCUUGCGCUGGCAGGCCUGCUGCAUCAUUGUCGACUUCAACAAGUGGCGCCCCAACCUCGACUCCGGGGUUCCCAUUACCAUCAUGCGUCGGGGUCAAGACGCGUCGUGGAAUAUGGUCUGGAAAGACAGAAUCACAGACACUGUGCUCCAUGCCAUCCGCUCCCCGCUCGCCUACGCUCACCUCCUCGAAGUCCAUCUCAACAACACCUGUGCCGCGAUCAAGAGGCAGAAAGCGAACAAGGGUAACCGCCGUCGCCACUUUGAGAUGUCCGAGGCCGACGCGGAGUCUCUCACAGACGCCUUCUUGGAGGGGAACGGUCCGCCUACCAUCGAUCUUCCCUACUCGCGAGAUAACUAUUACAUGCUCGAGGCGUACAUGCCCGCCAGAACCUGGCUCAAAGACGAAGAGAAAUGGGUCUAUAUCCCGGCGGACUUUCACGAUAGAGACCUUGAUUGGGUCGCGAAGCGAUGGGGUCCGGAAUGGGGCGUCACACAUAAUCGGGACAGGCCUAACGAGCAGAUGAUGGGACCGGCUUAG